AAGAACUUCCGGUGGCUUCCGUGGUUUCUGAGCCGGGGGCAAGGUCCGAGUCUGUGAGUGCGGCCUCAUGUCGUCUUUCAACUGCUCUGCUUUCGUUGUGUGUGGCUGGGCCGCUUCUCUUCCCGACUCGGGAUCGGGGAGGGCCCUGAGCUAGGGCACCCAGCCGGGUCUGCGGCGUUCCUGUCUGUGGGCCGGUGGUGAGUCCCAACUGUCUCUGCGGGCCUUGCUCCCUGAGGAACCGGCGCUAGAUAAACCGUCGCCCGGACUUCCUUGGGUACCCAGGGUAACUUGCUUUUUUCCUAACCUUAGGACUUGGGGGGCCUGGAAGCCUUGGCUCUGCUUGACUUGGUCCUGUCCUACUCUCUGUAACUUCGGAUAAGAUCUUUUUUCCAAACCAAGCCUUUGUUUCUCCUCUACAAAAAGCAUAUCAUGCUUUUAUUAAGUAAAUGUUUACCAAGCGUCUAGUAAGUGCUAGACAUAACAAAAAAACUUAAGUCUCCUGGAGGUGACAGCCCUUUAUUAACAUUUGCAGAAUUGCUGCUCUGAUAAGUGAAAGGACAGGGCACCAUGAGAGUGUGUCAUAGGAGACCUGACCUAGCCCCAGGUUAGGGAAACUUUGCUGAGAAGGUGACUGAGAAAGGUGAUUUGAGAAAGAGGGAAGGGAAGAGUUUUCUAUCCUCGGAAGCCUCCUGUUUGAAGGACUGAAAGGGGCCAGACUGAAGAGGAGUUGCCAGGGACCAUGCCACGCAGGCCUUGAAGGUUUAUGCUCUUCUGGAAGACUAGAGAAGUUUUCUUUCUGGUCACCUACCACUGGUUCCAUGGCUACCAUGCAGAUGGAUCCUGAGCUUGCCAAGCGCCUCUUCUUUGAAGGGGCCACUGUGGUCAUCCUGAAUAUGCCCAAGGGGACGGAGUUUGGCAUUGACUACAACUCCUGGGAGGUGGGGCCCAAGUUCCGGGGUGUGAAGAUGAUCCCACCAGGCAUCCACUUCCUUCACUAUAGCUCUGUGGACAAGGCCAAUCCCAGGGAGAUGGGCCCUCGAAUGGGCUUCUUCCUCAGCCUCCAGCAGCGGGGGCUGAUGGUCCUGCGCUGGAAUGCAGUCCGGGAAGAGGUAGACCUGUCCCCAGCCCCAGAAGCUGAGGUGGAGGCCAUGAGGGCCAACCUCCAGGAACUGGACCAGUUCCUGGGACCCUACCCAUAUGCCACGCUCAAGAAGUGGAUCUCACUCACCAGCUUCAUCAGUGAGACCACAGUGGAGAAGCUACAGCCCGAGAGUCGACAUAUCUGUGCCUUCUCGGAGGUGCUGCCAGUGCUGUCCAUGAAGCACACCAAGGACCGGGUGGGCCAGAAUCUACCCCGCUGCGGCACUGAGUGCAAAAGCUACCAGGAGGGCCUGGCCCGGCUGCCUGAGAUGAAGCCCAGAGCCGGCACAGAGAUCCGCUUCUCAGAGCUGCCCACACAGAUGUUCCCGGCAGGUGCCACGCCAGCAGAAAUAACCAGGCACAGCAUGGACCUGAGCUAUGCCCUGGAGACUGUGCUCAGCAAGCACUUCCCCAACAGCCCCCAGGAUGUGCUAGGUGAGCUCCAGUUUGCCUUCGUAUGCUUCCUUCUGGGGAAUGUGUACGAGGCAUUCGAGCACUGGAAGCAGCUCCUGAACCUUCUGUGCCGGUCAGAAGAGGCCAUGGUGAAGCACCACACCCUCUACAUCAACCUCAUCUCCAUCCUGUACCACCAGCUCGGUGAGAUCCCCGCUGACUUCUUUGUGGACAUUGUCUCCCAGGACAACUUCCUCACCAGCACCUUACAGGUUUUCUUUUCCUCCGCCUGCAGUGUGGCUGUGGAUGCCACCCUGAGGCAGAAAGCUGAAAAGUUCCAAGCUCACCUGACCAAGAAGUUUCGAUGGGACUUUGCAGCAGAGCCUGAGGACUGCGCCCCGGUGGUGGUGGAGCUCCCGGAGGGUGUGGGGACCGGCUAACCAGGAAUGCUCUCGCCCCGGGGAGGCCCCUUCCCUCAUGGCUGCAGUCCUGGCUUCUCCGUUCCUCCUUCCUACUGGAACCUGUUGGGGCACUAGCCCCACCAAGUUCUGCAGAAAUGGAGCCAGAAUUCCCUCUUUCACCAAUAAAUAAGUUCCUUCAGUGCCAGAGGGGCUAUAUCCUGUCGUAAAGGCAUAUUUGUGAUUCCCUGUCAGCCCGGUCUUGGUGCUGACCUAACUGAAUUCCAAAAGACCUGCCUUGGCAGCAGCCUGCUUCCUUCCAAAAGAGAAGAAAUUGAGCCAGAGCCCAAGAGAACUGAUUGUUUAUUCCAUAGAAGCAUUAGAAAACAGGAAACCCUGGACUGCCCGGGAGUCUGAGAUGUCAGUUGAUGACUUUUUAAAAGGUCAGCGGAGGGUAACAGAGAGAUGAGCCAGAAUUUCUGCCUGUCUUUGUUAAAUGGGAAUACAUAUUACAGAAAACAUGGCGUGUGACCCCUCUGGAGCCCCAGAUUUGGAAGGGUUUUGGAGAAGACAGUUGGGUUGAUUCUGAUGAGCAGUCAGCUUUUGUUUUCUCCAUCUAAGCCUCUUUCUCCUGUCCAGGGGUCCCAGUGGAUAGUCUUUCAAGAUCGACCUCAGAGGCCUUGCCGGGGCCCUACCCCUCCCAUCUGCUCCAUUCUUAGGCGUCAGACUUAGAAGUGGGACUUGGCAACUCUCCCGUGCCCCAUUCCUCACCACAGUCAACUGUGACUGUUUCUGAUGACCUGGAGAUUCAACAACAGAGAGAAGGUUCUUGCUCUAAGCUGGCUUCUCUUUGGCCCUGUUGAAGUUGUGCACCUUUAUUCAAAGCUUCAGAAGUGACCUGGUCAGUCUAGAUCUUCCCAGUCCUGCUGUAGUGCCAUCAGCCACAGGAGUGGGGAUGCUCCGGUGUCUGGGAGUCCUGAG